CCAGGAGGUAAAUACGUGACCAGCUUGCAAAAUGGCAACAGGAAAGGAUACAGCACUGCUGGCCUUGAUUCUCACCAUUGGGUUCACAGCACUGGUAGCUACUGGACAAAAAGCAGAGCAACCAGAAGUGGUAACCAAAUAUGGGAGAGUCCGAGGGUAUCAAUUCAAAGUAGAUGCAGCUGAGAGGGAUGUAAAUGUCUUUUUGGGACUUCCUUUUGCUAAGCCCCCAGUUGGACCACUGAGGUUUUCUGAACCGCAGCCACCUGAGCCAUGGAAAGGUGUCAGAGAUGCCACUUCCUACCCACCAAUGUGUCUACAGGAUAAAGUACAAGGACAGCUUUUUUCAGACAUAAUUACUAAUAGAAAAGAAAAAGUUCCCCUCCAAAUAUCUGAAGAUUGCUUAUACCUAAAUGUGUAUGCACCUGUUUCUACAGGAAAGAAGGAGGCACUGCCCGUCUUUGUAUGGAUCCAUGGAGGUGGAUUAGUUUUUGGAGCAGCUUCAUCAUAUGAUGGUUCAGCACUAGCAGCCUUUGACAAUGUGGUGGUUGUAACAAUUCAGUACAGAUUAGGUGUUCCUGGAUAUUUUAGCACUGGUGAUGAACAUGCUCUUGGUAACUGGGGGUAUUUGGAUCAAGUAGCAGCUCUUCAGUGGAUUCAGGAAAACAUCAUGCAUUUUGGAGGAGAUCCAGGAUCUGUCACUAUUGCUGGAGAAUCAGCAGGAGGAAUCAGUGUUUCUGCUCUUGUGUUGUCUCCCCUGGCAAAGGGCUUGUUCCAUAAGGCCAUUUCAGAGAGUGGUACUGCAGUCAGGGCUUUGUUCACUGGCCAGCCUAAGCAGGAAGCACAAAGAAUUGCUUCUGCCUUUGACUGUGAAAAAUCCAGCUCGGAUGCAGUAGUUGAAUGCUUAAGAGCAAAAACAGAAGAAGAGAUAGUACAGACACAAAUAAAAAUGAGUUUGACAACCCUGCAGCUAUGCUCUACCUUGCUUGAAGAAUGUGAACAGCCUUCCCUGUUCAUCAGUGCAUCUGCAGAUGGUGUGUUUUUUCCAAAGAGUCCCAGGGAAUUACUGUCUGAAAAGAAAAUCAAUGCAGUCCCCUAUAUCAUAGGAGUAAACAACUGUGAAUUUGGAUGGGUUCUUCCUAUGCUCAUGAAAUAUCCUGCUUACACAGAUGGUCUAGAUAAAGAUGUUGCACGUCAAGUUCUACAGAGCUCCCUAGCAUUAUCAUUUAAGGGUAUAACUUCUGAAGCUGUUGAUGAAGUAUACAGUGAGUAUGUAAAGAAUGCAGAAACGCGUGCUCAGGUGCGAGAUGGCGUCCUUGAUGCAAUGGGAGACUCUUUGUUUGUUUUUCCAUCCAUUGAAGUGGCUAGAUACCAUAGAGAUGCUGGUAACCCAGUCUAUUUUUAUGAAUUUCAACAUCGACCAAGUUCAGCGACAGGCGUUGUGCCCGAGUUUGUAAAAGCAGAUCAUGGUGAUGAGAUUGCAUUUGUCUUUGGAAAGCCAUUCUUAGCAGGUAACGCUACAGAAGAAGAAAAUAAACUUAGCAGAACUGUUAUGAGAUACUGGACUAACUUUGCCAGAUAUGGAAAUCCCAAUGGAGAAGGCUUGGUCCAUUGGCCUCAGUAUGAUCUGGAUGAAGGAUACCUGGGAAUAGACCUCACGCAGAAGGCAGCAAAGAAAUUGAAAGGACACAGAAUGGAGUUUUGGACACAGAUCACAGAACAAAUGCUGAAGGAAAGGACAGAGCACACUGAUUUAUAGGAGUUGUGGAGGGUAUAGUUUGCUUUUAAAACCCAAAGUAAAGUCGAACAAAUUUAGUUAGGAUGCAGAGUUUAAUAAUCACCUUCACUAUUACAUAAUCUGUUGUCAUGAUCACAGUGAAAGGAGAGAACUGCGGUGAAAUUUGGAAUGUUUGUGGGAUUUAAAAUCACUAUUUAAUGAAGCAAGUAGAAAAAACCCAUAAUCUUUCAGGCUCAUAAAAUAACUAUGUUAUCUACUCAGUGGAUGCCAAAAUUGAAUAGUGCUCCUGUGUGAAAGGGGAAUGAAGGGGAAAUUGGCAAAUAUGUUGAAAUCCGUAAGAAAUUAUCUAUACAGAAUAUAUCAUAAAAGCAAGAAUAUUUUAUAUGCUUAUUCCCCACUUCUUUCAGAAGAGAACGGUCAGUUUUCAUUCUUACAGUCUCUACUUUCUUUAAUUGGAAAUAGCCUGUAGGGACCAGAGCAUCCAUCAAAAAAUACGUGUGAUGGACCUGACAGCUCACACAUGAGGACAAAAAAAUCUCUACUUGUUUUGUAAACUGUUAUAAAUAAAUGUUGCUUUUAAUUUUUUGGA